AUGUCAGAUAUGGAAGUGGGUGGGGUCAGAAAAAUACCUGCUGCUUCUGUUGAUCUGUCUCAGUUCAAUUUUACCGAUUUGGUGAAUGGAAUGCUCAGUAAAGCUCUUAAAGGUGCCAAAAAGUUCUUCUCGUUCCUAAGCGUGACAUCAUACAGCUCAAUGGCAUUCCAUAAGGUUUCAAUCUUUAUAUAUAACAUUUCCAACAUAAAAUAUGUAGACUACCAAAAAUUCCCAAUGAGGUACUGUUACUGCUUAAACAACCGGACCAACGAUUUGACAGAUUACACCGUAUUAUUACUCGAUAUUGUUGGAAACACGACCAGUUCUCUGAAGGAACUAUUUAAGUCAACUUCUAUUGUUUCAGUGAGCCAAAGUAAUGAAUCAGACUGCAUUUAUUUCUGUGUUAUGACAGGCAGAACAGGAAGAAAUUUAUCUGACUUAUGGGAUCUGACACAGAAACCGCCUAUCAUAAAUUUCACCUUCCCCAAAAAUGACUCUUCGUAUCUGGCUUUGACAACUGAUCACAAAACUGUUGGCAAACCUAAUGGAAUUUCUUCUUCUCAACAACCAACCAGAAGCCAACCAGCUAUCUCACGGACACAAACAGACCGCUCAUUCUCACGGAUUUCUUCACCAAGUGAAGAGCAUAUUCCUCCUGGAGGUUCUGAGGCAUUACGGGCAUCCGUUUUCACAGUGGCUAAAACAACUGCUCCAUUAAACCAGAUUUCUUCCACUAAAUUGCCAGUAAUGCAAGACAGUGUUGCCUUUGAUAGACAAGACCUGCCUACAAAGAGGGAUCCAAUAUCACAACAAACACGUGGGAAGAUGGAGGAAAUACCCUCCUCAAUAAUACAUACCUUUUUAAGUUCAACAGGGACUGUACCUCGAGUAAAGCCAUUAUCGAUUGAUGGACACAAAAUGGCGGUCUACACCUACACGCAGUCAAGAUGUCUGCAGGCAAAAGCAGCACCAACGAGCCCAUCAAUUACACUUGUCUUUCAAAAAGUUAAUCCGUGUGUGAUGGAACUUUGUAGAUUUUUUCAUCAAUGCCUCUGUGUUAGUCAACAACAAUACUCAAGACACAAGACGCAGAGGCACUGUACGUCUUACUAUACCUGGUACCUGAGAAAUGCAACUUACAUCUGUGAAAAAUUUAAAAGAAAUUCACAUACUCGCACUUUAAGGCAAAAAUGCCUUGUAAACAUCUGCAAAUCAAUCUAAAAUCCAGAGGAUAUGUCCGGAUAUCACUUUAUAUGAAAAAUUUUAAACAUCAGUAAAUGAGUAUAAUGACCCUU